AUGUGGGGUUCCAGCAGACACUUGUAUUCCCUUGGAUGGCCCAGAGCCAGUUCCCUGGGUUCCAGUGACAGGAGGCAGAGGAAGAAUCACACCAGCAAACUCCAUGAGUUGGCAUUGCUGUUGCCUGUGGCCCUGAAGACGGGCACCAAGAAGCUCACCAAGAAGGAGAUUCUGCUGCAUGUCCUGCAUUACAUUCAGCACCUCCAGAGAAGCAUUGAUGUGGCCAAGACCUUGCUCAAAUUCCACACCACCAAUGGGGAAGGCGGGCUCCGGGGGCUGGGUCGGAAAUGGGGCUCAGGCCCUGCACGGCGGAGACAUUCCACCCCCUCGAGCUCCCCACAUUCUCGCAAGUCCCGUCUUCAGGGAGCCUGUCGGAAACCCCGCAAGAAGAAACCCACUGGAUUGUCAGAAGGCCAGAGCAGGGCCCAGAACCCGCGCCGCUGUCUGGAUCUGGACAAGCUCAAGAAGUGGGUGGCCCUGUCUCCAGAGCAGCAAGGAAGGAACAUGGGGGGGACUGUCACCCUUUCAAGACAUGCCAGCUCCUGCUGUCACCCCAAAGUUGCAUCAUCGCUGCCUCAAGGUGACAGGAAGGGAGGACGGUCCCGGCUGACGCUGCUGGACAUGGCUGAGAACAGCAGCCACUGUGACUGCUCAGGUUGCUGUUGCAGAGUCAGUGCCCAGGGUGAUGGGCUCUACCAAGCCUUCAAGGCCCAGCAAGGGGCUGAGCGGAUCCACUUUCUCAACAGGACCCAGCCCUGUCCCAGGCAGAAGCUGGUGUUCUACGAUUCCAGCGAGGAUCUGGACAAGGAGUCCCCAGAUGCUGACCCCUGGCUUCCUGCCUGGACCCCGGAGGGCAGCCCCCCUGGGAGCCCGCUGGCCUUGGGGCCUCCCCAAAUCAACAGCUGCACCAUGUCAGGCCACCCGAGUGCGAUCCUAGGGCUCAGCCCCUCCCUCUUCAGCUCCCCAGGAAAGCUGCUUCCAGAGCAGAUCCUGGGGGAUGGCACAGAGUUCCUGACCCAAGCUCUCUUUGAGGACGUUUUCCUGGACCCUGAGUCUUCGCCUACUGAUGGCGUGCUUGAGGCACUCCAGGACGAGGAGACGCCCCCAGCGCCGCCUGAAGACCCCGCCGACUCCCACAGCCUGUGCCAGUCCUCCGUGUCGCUGGACCACUGCUACCUGUCGCUGAGCGAGAACAGCAAGGCGCCAUCCGGCUCCAGCUCCAGCUGGGAGGGCUCAGAGGCCGAGUUGGUGUGGAGGCGGCAGGAGGACGCUCAGGCCAACCCCAAGGGCCCGCCGUCCUCCAGCGACGAGGACGGGGACUACACGUGGACCCCCACGCGGCGGGCCGCCAGCCUGCCUGCGGCUGGGAGGAAGGUCAGGAAGGGCCCCGCGAAGCCCAAGGAAAACAAGAAAGCCUCCUGCCCGACCCAGACGAAGAAAAAGUGCGUCAACGGCUUUAUCAUGUUCUGCAGGAUGAACAGGAAGCAGUAUAUCCGAGCCUGUCCCGGGACUGCUUCCACAGCUGCCACCAAGGAGCUGGCCCAGCUGUGGCGGGUGAUGACCCAGCAGGAGCGGAGACCUUACUGCAUCAAAGCCCGCAGGUUUAGCCUCCAGCACAACCGGAUCGUGAAGCAGGACAGCUCUAGCAGCGAGGACGAGGACUGGGGGACCCCCAAGCCCUUCUACCAGCUGCUGGCCGAGAAGGCCCGCCGUUCCCCAGACCUGGCCCCUCUGCUGCCCCCUCAGCACCACUGA